UAUCGCCUCUUCCCGCCCCACACGGCGCCGCCGCCUUCCCUGAGGUACCGGCCGCCCCUUCCCGCCACCGCCCGCCCUAAGUCCUCUCUCGGGUCGGGCCGCCGCUUCCAGUUCCGGUGACGCUCGUCCCGUCAUGGCGGCGCCCAGGGAGCGGCAGCGCUUCGGGAGGCGCUUCCUCACCGACCCCGCCCGCCUCUUCCAGCACAACGCCUGGGAUAAUGUGGAAUGGUCAGAAGAGCAGGAAGCCAGUGCCAGGAGUAAAGUUCAAGAGAACAGCUCACAGCUAUUGCCACAAGAUAAACAAGAGGAAUAUGAGGUGAAUGCUAAGAGGUACUGGGAUGACUUUUAUAAAAUCCAUGAAAAUGGCUUCUUCAAGGACAGGCACUGGCUGUUCACUGAAUUUCCUGAGCUGGCACCUAACAGGAACCCAUGUCAAAAUGGAGAUUCUCUGCAGGAAUUUAGUAACAAAGAAGAAUCCAGCAGUGGAGAGCUGGGAAGCUGUGAAAAUGGACAUUGUUCCUUGGAAACCAGGGCAGAGAAUCAGUUAAACCUGAUAAAAAGCACACCUAAGAUCUGCACAGAGGAGUUGGCUACACAGAAGUAUAGUGAGCUGAAUGAACGUGAUGGAGAUUACCCAGGAUCAUCUGCAUCUUACCGGAUAUUAGAGGUUGGCUGUGGUGCUGGAAACACAGUCUUCCCAAUUCUACAAACCAACAAUGACCCUGGCCUAUUUGUUUAUUGCUGUGAUUUUUCUACUGCAGCUGUGGAUCUUGUCCAGAACAAUGCAGAAUAUGAUUCUUCUCGCUGCUUUGCAUUUGUUCAUGACCUGUGCAAUGACCAAAGUCCUUUCCCAAUGCCAGACAAGAGUCUUGACGUUGUUAUUCUUAUCUUUGUCCUCUCAGCGAUUCUCCCAGAGAAGAUGCAAGGCAUUGUUAACAGACUGAGUCGCCUUCUGAAACCAGGAGGGAUGAUUUUGUUACGAGAUUAUGGCCGCUACGACCUGGCCCAGCUUCGGUUUAAGAAAGGUCAGUGCCUGUCUGAUAACUUCUAUGUGAGAGGUGAUGGCACCAGAGUCUACUUCUUCACGCAAGAUGAAUUAGAUGAGCUCUUCACAAGAGCUGGGCUGGAGAAGAUCCAGAAUCUGGUUGACCGGCGGCUGCAAGUGAACCGGGGGAAACAGAUGACCAUGUAUCGAGUAUGGAUCCAGUGCAAAUACCUCAAGCCUGCUGCCCCUCAGCCGUGAGGAAACGUGGCAUGCUGCUUAGGUUGGAGCCUCUUCAUGGCCACGUGCAGUGUCUGCUCCUGGUGAGAUGUGGUUUUAUGGAGUUCAGCACACACGAGACCUCAGUGCCUUUUCCAGUGCCUAGCAUCACUUCCAGGGAGUGGAAGGACGGAUGCUCUAAGAGGAGACCAAGCAGUACUUCAGAUGCUUUGCUGCUGGUCUGAGUUUUUAAAUUAUUUAUGGUUUUAACAACUUAAGGAAUGGUUGUGCUGUCUUACAGCAGCUGAGCAAGUUGAGUCGUGAGUCACUCUUACUCUGGAUUUCCACAUGAAACAGAAGGAGAGCUUUGACCUUACCUCUGUGUUGUGUACUCGUCUUGGGAACAAAAACCAUACAAAUGGUAAAUCUCUUCUCUGCACCUGGUUAUAAUGCCUAAUACGAAUCCCUUAGCCAGCUUAUCUCAUGCAGCUCUCUUCUGGUCAUUCAGGUUUGUGCAAAUCCACAAGUUAAAAGUAUAUUGAUUGAGGGCAAGAGCUGAGACCAUGCUGGUUCCUCUGUGCCAACCUCCUCCUGGAUGCCUCAUGGUGUGCAGGUAACCUGUGGAGGAAGCAGAUUAUGCUGCCUUGCCCUCACUGCCCACAUGGGUGUUUUUGUAGGGAGCUAGCACACUACAGCGCAGGCACCACAAACAUAUAUAAGGCAGGGUUCAGGUUUUUGAAGGUUUGGGGCUGAUGCCAGUUUUGGGGCGCCUCCAGAGUAUCACAAGCAGCUCAUGGGAGCGGGGUUUACACAGAAUUCCCUGCUUUUUCUGCUUCAACAGUGAGAAACUGUUCUUGCUGGUUGCAGCCCCAGGUCACAGACUGCAUUGCCCUGCCAUGGCAGUGUGCUAAACCCAAGUAGACAGGACGCCUGUCUUGGCUAAGAAAUCUGAAGAAUGUCUAUCACUCUUGAUUCAUUUCUUAGAGGAAGCCAACAUUGUGGCUUUCUGAAGGUAUUCCCCCACCUUUGACAGCAGCUAUCUUUUAUCUCAGCUUGUUUUCUUUUGUUAUUUUUAGGGUGUGGUACAACAGGUAUUAGAAUAAAGUUUGUGGUAAUGCUUUCCAGUGCUGGUUUGAUUAAUAUAAAUCAGGCUUCCCCAGAAACUCACAUGCUUCUGCACGCCUGAUCUGAAGGAGUUAGGCCACCAUUAGGUAACUACAGGUUUUUUCUCUUCUCUUACUCUCACUAGUGCCUGCUCUCAUCUCUCAGGAAGGGAAAGCCUUGGCUGAUACCUCCUACCUUGUUUUAGCUCAUGAAGCAACAAAGCCUAUUGUUUGUGCGCCGCCGGCUGAAGAGCAGUUUGUGCUAUACAAAGUGUGUAUGUUUUGUUAGAUAGACACUUGUAUUUGUAGCUUACAGUUGCCUAAGAAUAACUGUCAACUAUAGAGACAUAGGUUAUGAAAUAACUGCUGCCUUGAAACAGAGGAGAAAGGGUAAGAAGAUGAGGAAAUGCCAUUGCUAUCUUUGGAGAGUCAGCAGGAGUCUGGAGAGUCAAACCAGGAGCACGCUGAUGUGUAAAGCGUUGGAAGGGGCUGUAGCAAUACUCUCUGCUGGGCAUAUGGCAGCAUGAUAGGUUCACAACUUCCAUGUUGCUGGGUCACCCUGCAAGUGUUAGUGUGGCUGCUGCCCAGAGGCUUCUGGGUUUGGACACUUCAGCCCUUUCUGUGGAAGGGUGACCCAGCAAAUCCAUCCACACCACAGAGGCAGGCUGCAGAGCUGGGGUGGGAAUGGAAAUGCACCAUUGCUCUUUCUAAUAUAUCUAGCUCUUCAAUAAUGUUGAAAAGGAAUCAAUCAAAUAACUGGGAAGAGCAUUCUUGUUCAGUUUUUUUACUGUGUUUUUUAAAGAGACUUUCUAGUGUCUGAAAUGGAACAGGAGAUAAGGAUUCUUUCUUUGUAGGCACGUUUGGUUUCUGCCAGGCGCAGACCUGACCCAACCCAAGAGCUGUGCAGUCGCUGCUGUGUUUUCAUGCUAAACCUACGAAGUCUGGUUCCUUGGCAAGGUUGGUACCUCAGGCAAGGUCUAGGCAAAACAGAGCUCAAAGCUUCUGGGAGCUGAACAAGCUCAUGUCUCUUCGUCUUAUCCAGGCAAAGACUCAGGCUUAGCAAAAGGAGUCCUGUGAGUGUUCGACGUGACGUGACUCAUGUAACCAGCUCUGUCGCUUCCAUUGAAAGACCUCCCAUAUGUUACUGGUGCCUCUGUAGUUCCCUGGGGUCCUUUCCCUCUUGGUCCCUGGAGGGAGACCUCCUCCUGGGAUAGCUCUAUCUCCCUGGAAGGAAAAUUAUUGACUGGGGUAAACAAGCAGCAUAAUUAGUGCGAAUUAAAGUAAUUUGAAAAAUGCCUUAUUAAUCAUCCAAAGGCUUGUAAGCAGCGCAGGAAAAUAUGUUCUUAAUUAUAAACAUGAUUUAUUUGAAGUUGAUGGACUCCCCUUUAAAUUUAAGCUCCCAAAUGGGAGAAAAUGAAGGCUAGUAAUUUAUUUGUUUCUGCUUUCAAGGCUCUAUCCCAGUUGCCUGCCUGGUUUUGACUUGGGCUUCAUGCAAAAACUUGCAGCCCUGUGAGCCUGCAGCCAUUGAAGUGCCUCUUGGCCUUUCUUAAUGCUCUUCGUUCUGCUGGAGUAUUUAAGCACUCACUCAACGUGAACCACGCUGGGCAGACAUGCUUUUGUUUCCAGUCCUGUUCGUGGUGUUCAGAAAGCAGUAAGUUAAUGGCCUUGAAUUGAGCAAGGCCUCCUACAGACAGAUACUGCCUGAGCUUCCUUCAUUAAUCUCCGCCAGCUCCUGUGCUCUCUGAAGCUGCUGCUCUCCUGCGACUCCAGCCUUGCCUCCCACACAGCUCUGCUCAGGUACCUUGGUCCUGACUUGCAGCAGCUUCUGCCAUUCCCACCUCGGGCCUGCUCAGCAGGCUGGGUUGCACAACAGCUUUCUAGCAUGUUCAAAGGCAAUCUCCAAAUUGAAUUUUACUGUAUUAAAAAGCCAGGUUAAGUGCC